GAUAAUAAUAGCUGUGGGAAACGCAGAAGUAUCAGUGUAAGAGCCGAAAAAAUACCUCCCACAGAUAAGAGUAUAAAAAUCAUGGUGAUUAAUUGCUGAAACAAUCGCAACAAAGUGGUAGAGUUUGAAGGGCUCCUAAAAAGCAUUGAAGCUCCUGUAAUAUUAGGCACAGAAAGCUGGUUAAUUCCUGAAACUGAGAGUAGUGAGACUUUGGGGAACAUUUAAGUGCAUAUUGAAAGAACAGAGAAACAGGAAGUGAUGGUGGUGUAUUUGUUGCAGUAGACAAAAAAUUUCAAAACUACCAAGAUAGAAAUUGAAGCUGUAUGUGAAGAGUGUUAGGGUAAGACUUAGUAUUAAGGAUGGUCAAAAUGUUAUAAUAGCAUCCUUCUAUAGACCACCAGAGUCUCAUCCUGAUGUUACUUCAGAGAAAACCGCAGUUGGGUCAUUCCAUGCCAAACUGAGCCUGAGGCUUAUUUUUUGGAAAAAUGCCAAAUUUAACAAUGUUAUAGUUUUUAGAAUCUGCAAAAGUUGAAUUUUACUGUCCUGAAAAAAUUAUAAAAAUUACAUAAUUAUCUGAGGAAAUAUAGUUAAAGUUGGCGAUUCUACAGAUGAGGAUGGAAAACAAAAGGUUUGCUUUUUGUGUUGGCAGCUGUUUAAAUUUGGGUUGCAGCGAUUGUUGAUGUUUUAAUUGUUAAAUUUCAAGAGCAGAAUCUUAUCUUUCUGACAAACUUCAGUUUUUAAAGAAAGAAAAUGGGGAAAACAACAUCAGCAGAGCAUAUGAGAAAACUUCGAGAAAAACUGAAGAAAGAUACCAGCAAGUACAAUGUCCAUAAAGAAAAAGAAAGAGAGCGGGAUAAGAGAAGAAGGGAAAAUGUGAAGAUGAAGGUAUCCUCCAGUGGAAAAUCUUUAUUGGAAUCUCGAAAGAAGGAAACUGAAAGAAAAAGGAAGUACAGACUUAAACUAAAAUCCGUAUUAAUUGAAGAUCAGUCUGAGACCUGUAUUUCCCAGUUAGGAUCAUAUAAAUGUCCUCAGUCCCUUGGCAAAGCUGUUUCUCGGGUAAAGAAGGUGCUUCCUUCAAGCCCCUCAAAAAAAUCAGCAGUAAUAAAAAAGCUUGUAAGUGAAAGCUUACCUAAAAAGGUAGUAAAGCAGAUUUUUCCCAGUAGUGAAGAAAACAUCUCGCAGACACCUGGUAUAAAGGAUGUAAAGUCUAUUGUAGACCAUGAAACUGGGAAAAGACAAGACAAUCCAGAUAUUAAUAUCAAGAUUUCAAAAUUCUACGAGUUGCGGCCUAAAAAUGUUGUUCUAAUGUCUCAAAUGCCUCACAAUGUAUGUGUGUGCAGAUAUCAUGCUAACUUCAACUUCAUCAUUGAAGCCAUUCACAAAGAAAUAGCUAGUUUCCCUGCUACUCACACUCACCUUAUGAAUCUUGUUUGCUGUGAUGUAGAAAGUGAAAUACGCAUGACAAGUCAAUGCAAGAAAUGCAUCAUGAAUUUACACACAUUAAUAGAUGGAAAGUUUGAUUUGUGUGACAUAAUAUCUUGA